UAUAUAAGUUUCUUUUAUUUCAAAAUCUUUGUGAUUUUUACAAAAGUUUAGAAACAAUGAAAUAAUGAUAUUUGUGCAUUCUACGAACUAUCGAUUAUAUCCAAAUCAGGUGGUAAUCAGAUUUGGUAAUCAUGUCAUUAAAUUUUUUACGUUAAAAUUACAUAAAAUGUCACUGCUAUAUUAACAUGUAUAAUUCACCAAAUAACGUAAGUGGAAUAUACAAAACUACACCUAAUAUUAUGCUAUUGACAAAUUUUUGAACGCUCUCUUCAAUUUUGAAAGAAAUGAUAAAAGACCGUUAUAAAAAUAUAAUCUUGAUCAUAUGUAAUCAUAAUAUGCAAAUACCCACGUGGCACAUGUUAGCUUCAUCUAUGUUUUUUAAACGUAUAUUAACAUUUUAUAAUCGUAUACGUUUAAAGAACAUAUAUAAAACUAUGCUAUUUCCGGAUACAUACAAUAUUCCUAUCGCGCAUUGAUGUUUACUCAAUUAUGCGAUAGCAUAUGGAACUCUCGAGUAAAAUCAAAUUUGUCCAUGAUCGUUGUAAUUAUAUUACUGAAAAAUCCAAUUCUAUUUUACACACGCAGAUGGGAAAAAUCCCUAUAACGCCGCAAAUGUUACGUACAGCUGUAGAAGAACUACAAAUGCAUCAAUUGUUUGUUGAGUCAAAGACUUUAGGGGAAUAUAUACAGAGAUAUUAUCCCGUUGAAAGAGAUUUCGUCGUUCUCCAGCAGGAAUUACAGGAGAAACUGAGAUAUGCUGUUUGCGUUGGACUGCUUGGUCAACGUGAUAAAGACGAAUAUUACAUACCGACUUUACGAGAAGAGGCAAAUGCUGUUAAAAGAGGGAUCACUGCAUUCUGGGAACUGUACAAAAACGUAGGACCAAUGAUGAAUUUUCUCACGUCAAUUUUCAUACUUUACGGCAAAAAUCUAUCCGUGUUUUUUCAUUUAGAACAAUCAAGUGCCCAACACGAGGAAGAAGAUCCACGCGAAACAACCAAUGGCGCAUCGAAGACGAACAGAUUGCACGAAUUCUCCCAGAAGUGACGAAUCUAAU